AAUACUCACCUUGGCAUUAAAAAACAGAAACAAUUGACCUAGCUCUUUCAAGAUGACAUAAUUUUUUCUGAAAAAUAUUUAAUACCAUAAUACUUUUAUUUACAAAAUAUAACUGUUUAAAUAAAGUUACCACUAUUUUGUUAUGGCUGGCUUAUGUGCUAAAACCUUUCAGAUAUUACUCCCUUAUUGGAAGAAUUUUGGUCUAAAAUAUGGUUAUAACCUUCAAAGAACACUUUGCAUUCCUCCAUUGAACUCUUCCUCAAGAGAAGCCGAGGAUAAACUCUAUUUAAAUCAGAAAGAGUCACAGAAAAUAUAUGAAAUUAGGACCUACAAAGUUCGUCCAAAAUAUUACAGAGAUUAUAUAAAAUUUACGGAAGAAAAUUUUUAUCUUCGUAUUAAACAUUCAAAGCUUUUUGGAUUUUGGAGUUCUGAAUUGGGAGCAUUAAAUGAAGUUAUUCAUGUUUGGGAAUAUGAUAAUCAUGAGCAUCGAGCGAAAGUUAGAAAAGCGUUAGCGAAUGAUAAAGAAUGGCAAACAAAUUACAUCAGUCAAGUUGCUCCUAUGUAUAUAUCUCAGACAAAUGCUACAAUGAUGUUGCUACCAUGGAGUUUAAUUACUUUGCCGAGCAAAAAUGGGCUAUAUGAAUUACAGAUAUUUCAUAUGAAUAGCCACACUGAUAUUUGGGAUGGCAGACUAAAAGCCGCAAUGGAACUCAGUUCUCUUAAGUUAAAAAAUGCCAAUUCUGUUUUAGUUGGUUGCUUUACUUCAAUUUUUGGACCUCAUAAUACUGUAUAUGCUUUAUGGCAACAUGAAAGCUUCGAUAAAUUUGCAUUUGGUGGCUUGGAAAUUUUGAAUGAGCCCAACAGAUCUAUCUUGCAUGCAUUUUAUCACGAAGUUUUAACUGGAUAUAGUAAAGGUCUUAUUCCUCAUAAAGCAUCUCCUCUUCAGUAAAAACCAGUGCUUUCUUUUAGUCAUAGCCUUUUUUUAUUAUUUUUUAGCUCUUUUCUUUAUUAUGUUGUCAAACUGGUGAACCUUGAAUUUACUCUCUUAGCCAUGGGGCCUUCGAAACAAAGCUGCUAUGUCUUCCAACAACAAAUUAGUUGAAAAAAAAGAAGAAAGAAAUGCAUGCAAGCUCAUAAUGCUUUCAUCAGUAUUUUUAGUACUACAUAUUUUUUUAUUUGCAUCUGUGAUGUAUGCUAUAAUAAUUCAGCAUGAACAUAUCAAAUUUUAACCUUAAUUACUUUUUUUAAUUUAUUAAUUUCAAAUGUCAAAAAUAUCUUUAAUGUAUAAGUAUUUUAUGUCUAAUGUAAAUGUGACAAAAAAGCGUACAUUCAUAAUAACUUUUGAUCUAUUAGUUAGAUUUUCAUGCUGUAAAUAAAAUUUACCAUAAAUCAUGAAAUAUACUUGAGUGCAUAAUUCCCUCUAAUAUGCAGCACAUUGAAAAUAUGGAGUGAACUUAAAUUUGAUUGAAACUGCUGCACUCAUUAGUCACAAAAAAUCACGAUCCUCUGAAGUAAUUUCAUGUGAUGCAAAUUGUAUUAACAAACUUUUUUUUUUGUUACUGAUUAAAAUGAAAAAAAAUGUGAACUUUAAAGCUUAAGAACUUUUAUAUCAUAUUGAUUAAGAUCUUUUUUCGUUGAAAAUUAAUUUAAUGUCUAAAUAAAUUUUCCUAAGAGGUGGACAUUUAAAAGAGAAUUUAGUGCAAAAUUGUACACUUACAUAUUGCUGUUUCACAUGAACUUUUUAAUGAUAAUUAUGAUUAAUUAAUUAGCUUAUCUUACUUCACUUUAUCAAGAAGAGAAAGAAAGUCAAAUAGUCAUACAGGUUACUGGAUUACUUAUGUUAGUACUUGAAAUGUGCACCAUUAAAUCAAAAGUUAUUUUGAGUCUUUGCUUUUUUUGCUAUAUGUCUUUUUGUCAAUAUAUUGAAAUUUUAUGUGAAAUAGGGUAAAAAAAUCUUUUCUUUUGUAAAACUUAAUUUAAAAAAGAUAAUUUUAAAUGUAGUGAGGCAUAAUAGGAAAUGUAUGAAUUUUGUAAAAAGUAAUUAGCUGUCCAUUAUUUUAGUUUGAUAUCUUGAGUAGCAUAAUUUUUCCUUUAAAAGUUGUUGAAUAUCUAAAUAUAAUUAUAUCCUUAAUUUUUAUGCACGUGUUGGUAGCUUAUUAGCGUUUAACUGUGUGAAAUACUUGUAUUAUAAAUAAGAUUUAAUGAAAAGAGUAAUAAUUAAAUUUAAAAGGUGAAUUAUUAUAAUUGACAAAAACACUAUUUAAAACAGAGGAGAAAAUGUUUUGUAAAUGUAUUAGAAGAUAUUUAUAAACUAAAAGAAUUGUAUUUAAGGGUGAUUAAUUUUAGAUAGGAAUGGUUUAUUAAUUAAUUUCUUGUAAUUCGUUUUUGAAAUGAAGUAUAAAUGCUAAUGUUAAAAUGAUAAGUUGUUUGAAGCAUAUAAUAACUGGUUGUUAUGCAUAAUAACAUAAAUGGUUUGAAAUGACAUAAAUUGUUUGAAAUGUCACUUUAGUUAGUUAGUUUGUAUGAUAUUUAACAUCAAAGCCCUUAAUAUAAAAAUGAGCAAUGAUAAUUUGCUCACAUUAGUUUGAAUGCUAAGUCAACUCCUUCAUAUUCAUUAUAACUGUUUAGAAUUAUAUUAAUUUUCUAAUAACUGUUGAUUUAUUAUUAUUCCUACUUACCAUUUUGAAUGUUUAAUAAAAUUAGUGGAUUAUAAAGUUCACCUGAUUUCUCAAUUGUUAUUAAAAAAAAAAGAUAUAUUAUGAUUUGUACUUAAUGGCAUGGAUUUAUGAGAAGUCUUCUUGUCUGGACUUUAUAAAGUUUGAGGAAAAUUUUUCCGAACUGAGAUCAUUAACUUGCUUCUUGCAUUGUUUAUAAAAGAGUAUAUUAUGUA